CCCUCGCUGUAGUCUACCUCCAACCGUAUAUAUUCCUCCAUCUCCCUAUAUAUAGCUCCACCGUAUUUACCCUAGCUACAACAAGUUGAUCACUUCUCUUCUUCUCCCUCUCCAGCACACAGUGCAAAGCAGGAGCGGGAAGCAUGUCAUCCCGUCACAUCCCCACGAAGCGCUCGACCAGGGUCGUCGUCCCCUACAACCCGGAGACCAGUGUUGGUCUCCAGGCGGCCCUCGUGGCGCCCGCGUCGGCGCACCUCCAUGUGGCCGAGCCCGUUCGCCGCAGUGCCCGCAUCAUCACCCUGCAGGCGGUGACAACCACCGACCGACGCCGCAACACCCCCUACUGCAUGAUGACCAGCUCCCGUUUCUGCGUCGACGAUGGUUCUCUCUUCUGCAAGCUCUGCGACCGCCGCAUGCACGACCGCAUCAUCUACAUGUACAUGAGCAUGGGGUUCUGCACGGAAGAGUGCAGGAAUGAGUAUUUUUUGGACUACAGGUGUAGGCUCACCAUGGCGACGGUGGAGGCCGAGGGCAGGAGCGAGGCAAGGAAGCCGGUGGAGGCGGCGGCGGCGACGACGGAGGGACAAGGUGUUGGCUACAGGCGCAUCUUCUUCACUUGUGCCGAGGUCGAGUCGUUCCCUUAGCUUAGCUUAGCUUAGCUUGAAACAACCAUGCAUAUUGUCGCUUGCUAAUAAAGCAGCAGCUCUAGUCCAAAUUCUGUGUAAGCUUGCACUCGAGGAUGAGUUUGGUACUGUUCAUGGGUUUCCAUCUUAUUAGCUAAGAAUUUCCUAAUAUAUAUCUUUCUCUGUUACAGCUA